UGGAGCAUGCGUAGUAGGAAUUCACUGGAGAAGCACUGAAGAGAAAAAAAAUAGAUUUUAAAGAAGCUGACUCUCGGAGUACUAUGGGUAGCUUUGCACUGAUGUUACGCUAGAAUUUGGGUAAAGAUCAGGCUAGUUACGAGGGGAAAUAGUAGCUUCACUAGUGAGUGGGAUUUGGUUGCAUAUGCAGCUUCGCGGCAGGUGAGCUAUUACUACAUUGGCGACUGCAAGACGUCUGGAUAGCCACGGUUUCAGUAACAAGAACAGCUGUUUUAACCGGUGCAAUGGCACACUUUGCGUUGCCUGUUUUACCAAGCUACAAUAACCCACCAUCAGAAAGCAAAGAAGCGGUAUCAUAUCUUAUGACUGCACUGGAAUCAAUGUGCACAGAAUUUGCCAAGGUCAAUGCAGAAAUAGCAUGCAUUGCUGUCUACAAUUCAGAAACUCUGAUAGCUGGAAGUGAAAAAGGAAAAGGCUUUUUAGACACAAGAAAGGAUUUCCAGAAAGACUUUAUACACUUUUGUAAAUCAGAGGAUAAAGUAAUUCCAGAAGUAGAGGCCGUUAAGACACCAAGCGUUACUGCAGAAUGUGCUGAUAUUGAAACACUCCGAAAAUCAGUGGAAGAUUUAUUCUGCAUUUGCUAUGGUAAAGCUUUAGGAAAAUCCACCCCAGUGCCUGUGCCAUAUGACAAGAUGGCAAGAGACCCAACAGCUGUAACCGUUUGUGGGCUCCCAAAUGAAGUAACCGUUAUAGAUCCAUCAAAAUAUGACCUUCAAACAGUAACUCAGAUCCUGGAUAACAAAUCGCAGUUAUCUUUUGCAAUUAAAAGGCCAUUUCUUGACAAGAAAAAAUCUAAAGAAAGUGAAAGCCUAGAUAAUGCCGAAGCAUCAAGCUCUGAAAGCUACAUUCCUAUCCAAGUGAAAGCAGAACCAAGCGAUGAUUCUGAAGGUUCAAUUGAACUGACUACAGUGACCAUAAAGGAAGAAGCAGAAGACCAGGACUACUAUCAGUUUAAUUUUCAAGGAAGUGCUUAUGGAGAAGAAUCCAAUGAAGGAACGGAUAUGAAUCAAACCGAAGAUUCAACUCUGCAAGCACCUUCUGAAACAAGUGAGGACCCUGAAGUUGAAGUCACCAUUGAAGACGAUGACUACUUACCACCACAUAAGAAGCAAAAGAACAUCGAAGUUGUUAAUGAGCAGUCUUCACAGAGCAAGAGAAAAACUCGAGAGUUUAAUUUUGAGAAGUGGAAUGCACGAAUUACAGAGCUGAGAAAGCAAGUGGAAGAAUUAUUUGAAAAAAAAUAUGCUGCAGCCGUGAAUGUUAGUCUUCCAGUAACUAUUCCAUAUCAUCUUUUUCAAUCAAAUUCCGAAGAUCUGUAUGUGGAAGGAUUGCCUGAAGGAAUUCCAUUUAGAAGACCUUCUACUUAUGGAAUUCCACGCCUCGAAAGGAUAUUGCUAGCACGGGAACGGAUACGGUUUGUGAUAAAAAAACCUGACCUUUUGAAUUCUUCGAGAGAAACAUUGCCUCUUGAAAAACCUACACCAGGAGUGAAAGAAGAAUGGUAUGCCAGAAUAACUAAACUAAGGAAAAUCGUUGACCAACUAUUUAGUAAAAAGUUUGCGGAAGCUUUGGGGAAAACUGAGCCCAUGGCUGUCCCUUACCAGAAAUUUGAGGCAAACCCUAAUGAUAUGUAUGUAGAGGGGCUGCCAGACAACAUUCCUUUUCGCAGUCCAUCCUGGUAUGGGAUUCCCAGACUGGAGAAAAUUAUUCAGGUUGGCAAUAGAAUCAAGUUUGUGAUUAAAAAGCCAGAACUGCUUACCCAGACUUCAGCAGAGACUGUUCAAAACAGAACGCAAGCAGGAGUAAAAGAAGACUGGAAUGUGCGUAUUACCAAGUUAAGAAAGCAGGUGGAGGAAAUCUUUAAUUCAAAAUUUGGACAAGCUUUAGGGCUUUCAGAAGCAGUAAAAGUACCUUAUCCAGUAUUUGAAUCCAAUCCUGAUUUCCUGUUUGUGGAAGGAUUGCCUGAAGGAAUUCCUUUCCGAAGCCCCACAUGGUUUGGUAUCCCUCGGCUAGAAAGAAUUGUGCGAGGAAGCUCCAAAGUAAAGUUUGUAGUUAAAAAACCACAACUGGUUAUACCUCAUGUGCCGCCUGAACUGGCAGAUAAAGUUAAUGUUGAAGCAUGUCAGAAUCAAGAACAAGAUCAGAGUGCGGGAAGUAAGUCAGAUACAGCAGAAGCUGAUAAAGCAAAAAAUGCUUUGAGUCCAACUACUCAAACUAAUGGUUCCAACGUGCCAUUCAAACCCCGUGGACGAGAAUUUUCAUUUGAGGCGUGGAAUGCCAAAAUCACAGACCUUAAACAAAAAGUAGAAGCCUUAUUUGAUGAAAAAUGUGGAGAGGCUUUAGGUUUGAAAGAACCAUUUAAAGUACCAUUUGCACUAUUUGAAUCGUACCCAGAAGAUUUCUACGUAGAAGGUCUUCCUGAGGGUGUUCCAUUCCGUAGACCAUCAACAUUUGGGAUCCCAAGAUUAGAAAAGAUUCUCAGAAACAAAUCCAAGAUCAAAUUCAUUAUAAAAAAGCCAGAAAUGUUUGAAAAUGCUGCCAAAGAACCCCAAAUUCACUACCCACAAGCAAAAAGAGCAAAUGUCCACACUACCCCCGUUGUCACCGCUUCUGGACUUGAAGAUCUUAAUAUAAUACAAGUGACUAUACCAGAUGUGGAAAACGAAAGAACAAUUAAAGUAGACAAGGCCCGCCAACUAAGGGAGCAAGUCAAUGAACUGUUUAGUCGAAAAUUUGGAGAAGCCAUUGGUAUGAGCUUUCCCGUAAAAGUGCCCUACAGAAAAAUAACCACUUACCGAGGAUGUGUGGUAGUAGAUGGAAUGCCUCCUGGGGUUUUAUUCAAAGCCCCCAGUUACCUGGAAAUCAGUUCAAUGCGCAGAAUUUUGGAAUCAGCAGAGUUUAUAAAGUUUACAGUUAUUAGACCUUUUCCAGGACUAGUGCUUAAUAAUCAAGCGUCUGAAGAAAGUGAAUCAGGAUCAUCAGCGGAAUCUGGUAAAGAUAAGACCCAAACAGAAGAACCUGCAAAAGAAGGUGCAGAAGAAGCAAAAGACAAUUCAGAAAUAAAACAGGAACCAGAUCCAACAUGGUAAAAUUCACAUUCACAAGAUGGAGACAUUGACACUGAGAGGAUCCCCAGGAAUAUGUAAUAUAGUCGUGCGAUAGAAGCAAAUUCUAUACGGACCAUUUUUUUGUACGUUUUAGAUAGAAAUGUCUACUUUUCUUCUGCAGUUCUAUGAAUUGGACUAUAAAAGAUUGUUGAACAGAAUGGCAAUGUCUGAAUAACUAUGAAAUUAUAUUUUUUAUUUGGAGCCUGAAGAGUCAUCAUAUCUUUAUAUUCUUAUGUUUAUUAAGUUUUAAUUAUUUUGAUCUUACAAUUUUUCAUGGUGCAUAAUAAAUAAUAACUUCCUGACCUUCAUAACGAAGUUGGAGAGGAGAACUGUAUUACUGAACUAUACGAGGAACAUGCUGCUGAACACGUUCACUUCCUUAUUUUGAUGGUGGAAUAGGUUCUUCUAAUUGCUAAUUCCUUGGAACCGUUACAUGAGUUAGCACACUGCAUGUGUUCAUCUUUACUCUGAAAGUAUUUUUAGUCACAACUUGGAAUUAUUUGCAGUCAUACUCUAUAUAUAACCUUUUAUGUAAAAGGUAAUCAGAUUGGUAUGCAGAAAUAAAAUAUCAAGUAUUGAAAGUCAAAGUUUUCACCUUUAUCAUUUGAUUAGUACCCUGAAAACUUCUCUUGUACUAAAUACAAAUAAACUGAUUGUUUUUUAAGAA